UUAAGGAGGGCGGCCCGACAGCACAUUGAGUUUUCGGACAGUAGACUAGUGAUGAGGACUGACCAGCCAGCAGGGACCAGCAAGUAUCCAAAUUAGCAGAUCGUACGCAGCUUUGAAGAUGGCAUGCGAGCGCCGCAAGCGCGGGAUGGCCAGCAUUUCCCAAAUCUGACGUCGGAGACAUGCCGGAGCAGUUUGGAGAAAUUCUGCAGAGGUCCUGCGUCUGUUUGUGCAAGCAAACCGGUGGACACAGAUGCAAGGGCGAGGCUACGACAAAAAAAUAAGCGGCAAGGGACGGCUAUUUAGGACUUUUUAUGCAGUCACGCUCCCCCAAUCCAUGCAACGUAAUUUAAAAUGAUGUCACUUAUAGACUUAAACGAUGACCAGAGAUGGGUGCCUACACAUGUGAAUGUAACUGUCCUUCGUGCAAGGGGUUUGCGGACGAAGGACAAGCACGGGAGCCGUUAUGUUUACACCAUCAUUCAGGUGGGGAAGGAGAAAUACACCACCGGUUUGGUCGAGAAGGCGACUGUGCCUGAGUGGAAUGAGGAAUGCUGUUUCGAACUUCUCCCCGGAAUACUGGAGGCUGGGGGUCGCAGUGCUUUUCCCUCAGGGAGCGGUGACUUGGUCAUCAACGUUAUGCACCGUGUGCUUAUCGGACUUGACGUGUUUCUUGGUCAAGCAAUCGUCCCUUUGGAUAAAAUAUUUCAAGAUGGAAUGUGCCCUAGAGAUGAAUGGCUCAAACUCAACUCCAAGGCCGGCCGGAAGGAGAAGGAGCGCGGCGAGAUGCAGGUGACGGUCCAGUUCACCCGCAACAACAUGACAGCCAGCAUGUUUGACCUAACCAUGAAGGACAAGCCACGGUCCGCCUUUGGCAAGCUCAAGGACCGUGUGACGGGGAGGAAGAUGGGCGACAUGGAGUCAUCAUCAGCCAUCGUGCCGGGACGCUUCGCCGCACUGUCGGGUUCCCUAGGGCAAACAUUCAGAGAGGGGGGCGGAGGAGGAGAGGACCCCAUGGAGGUAGACGAGGAGAAGCGGAGAAAGGUGAAGGAUUUCUUCCUGGGGAAGGGAAAACUGCGGAGGUCGUCCGACACAAGGUCGUGCUCGUCGCUGGCCUCGGAGAGCAGCGUGUCAUCCUUGACCAGUGAGAGCCCCCCUCCUCUGGGCCAAGGCCUCCUGGCAGCCCCACCCAGCUCCCUCAGCCCCCCCUUAUACAGCAACAAGGUCAAAGUAGACACCCACCACAGAGAUACAGACCUAGCUAAAAAAGUGUUCACCACCACACAGUCUUCCCCUUUAAUACUGACCCACAAGCAAGCCUUCAGCGACGAGGCGAGUGGGAUUACCACUACUGCCGUUCCCCAGCCCUGUCCUGCUGUGGAAUCCCUCAAGGGUCAGGGUAUGACUCUCUCCCAAUCCUCUCUGUGCAUCAACGGAAGCCACGUCUACGGAUCCGAACCCAAGGGCUCAGGCACCCUCCCAUCCAAGCUGGUCCUCCUCGAGAAGUGCUUCCCACUCUCUCAUUCGCUGCAGAACCUCACAAAGCGGAGCGAGGACAAUGGUUCCGCCGGCGAUGGGCGGCGCUGGUCCUUCGACAAGGUGAAGAAGGAAGAGAAGUACGAGAAGAAGGCCGAACCACAUGUCUCCCAGGUUCAAAGCGCUCGGGUUGGGGGUUGUCCGGUGCAGGCAGCCGCCCCGAUGCUGUCUUCCACUACCACGGUGGACUCGGCAGACAAAGGGAAAAAGCUCAGAAAGUCGUUAUUCUCCAGAGGGAGGAGUGAUUCUCUACCUGCCAAGUCGGCGCCGAGCCAGGGUUGUCCUCUCCCCGAGGGGAGACUGCGAGGCUUGUUUGGCUCCAGUGACUCCCAGAACAAGCCAAGCCCCCACCCAGUGAAGCCCUUGACCACCGCAGCCAGUCAGGGGGAGAAGAAAGAGGGCCGGUCAAUUCUGGAGAAGCUCAAGUCUUCCAUCCACCCAGGCCGCGCCGCCCAGCAGACACUGGCUGAGACUGAGGAAUCGUUAGCGGACAGCUCGGCCCAGUACGAGCAGCUGACCAAAAUGGAGCUGAUCUCCCUUCUGCUGCAGCAGGAGAUGGAUGUGGAGAAGCAGCAGGCGGCCUCCGACCAGCGGGCGGCACUGCUGGAGAAACACGAGGCGGAGCUGAAGAAGAUCAAGGCGCAGGUGCGCGACCUGGAGGACUACAUCGACAAGCUGCUGGUGCAGAUCAUGGAGCAGACACCCACACUCCUCCAAGUGCGCUCCCGACACAAGUGACUGCUAGUGCUAGUAUAUCAUAGUAUAAUAUAGGGCCAUGGUCACCAUCAAACCCUGGUGCCAGAGAGCUUCUAGGAUGAGCAGCUCAGUCCCUGUCAUAGUGCAUUUAACUAGGUCAUGUUGGUCAGUUGUUUAGCUGAACCAGGUGCAGGGCUGAAACAAAAGCCUGUACAUCCAAGUAGUUCUUCCGGAACAGGGUUGGUGACCACUUCUCCAGGGGCAGGUGUAGUUCAACACAUCCCUAAGCAAAAAUGAAAUGUCACAACCAUCCAGGUUUCACUGCUGAUACCCUGCCCCGUUGAUAAAGACACAAUGUUGCCCAAUGUGCAUGCUUGCUAUUGCUCAAAUGUCAGGCUGCAAGUACUAAUCAGAAACUGCAGUCAUAGCAAAUGUUAUUGGUCACUUUACACUUGCUACUUAGUAUAAGGAAAGUGACACAGCUUUUGUCAAAUGUACUGCAUUAUAAUUCUUAUAAAUGUGCAUUGAUGAAGAAUACAGAAAAUGUCUUCCUAUUCAUAGUGUACAGUAAAUGUAAUAUUCAGUGGUAUAAAUUGUUCUUACUUGAUAUGACAUUGCCUCAAAUUCAGAAAACAUUUAAGUGUCUGAAUUAGAUUGAUAUGGACCCAAAUUAUCUUCGUCAUGGUAAAUACUGUAAUUAUUUGGCAUAAGACACUGACUCAAAAACAGACUGACUCGAGGAGAUUUCCACUGAACUUCAAUUUGUUUUCUUGAGCUAGUGUCAUUGAAUAAAUGAUGAUGUAUUUUUUUUACUAUUCAUGGAUGAAAUGUGUGCAAAGAAUAAAGUGAUAAAUGUUAAUGUGGUAAGAUGGGUGUUACAAUAAAUUCAAAGGCAUUAUGCUAAGUUAUAUUUUCACGUUUUGGUUUCAUUUGCAAAGCCAAUGUAUAUAAUUAUGUAUAUUGCUUUGUCAUAUAAUUUUUGUAUGACAUUGCGUGUAUUAUUUAGUACAGUACUUAAACUCCCACACCAGUAGAAAUCCACUUUUUCGAGCUGAAAGACAAUGCCACAACGAUGUAAGUCAAUAAGUCAUCGUUUUAAUCAAUGGAUGAUAUAUUUGGGCUUGAAGUGACAAAACCGAACUGCCCGCUUCAUGUAAAUUCGUGCCAAUGACAUGUAUUUUUCAAUGAAAUGACAUUUUGUUUCAGGGUUGGGUUUUACAGUGCCUUCAUAAAGUAUUCAUACCCCUUGA